GGAUGGGGGUCAUGGAAGGAGGCGCGAACAGGAACCACGGCCUGGGUCAGCUGCCCCUCGCCAUCCUGGGGGCUUUCCGCCACCCCGCGGUCCCCCUCCUGCUUCCCUCUUGGGUGCCUGGGGUUGCUGGCCUCCUCCAGCUCCUGCCUGUUGGUGAGGACCAGACUGGUCUCGGGGUGGGGGUGGGGAGCUGGCGUGGCACCCACGGAGGAGAUGGGCGAGCGCAGGAGAGGGGGCCGUGGGCAUCUCUGAGGCUCCACAGACCCGGCAAAACCUCUGAGCUGCCAUGCGGUGGGGCUUUGCACAAUCUCCCGGGAGGGAGGCAGGCGGUAGGAUGUGGCGGAAACCGCCUGGUGGCCUGUGGUGCACUGGCAGCUGCCAGGCCUGACUGCCUGGGGUGGGCACCGGGGCUCGAGGAGAGCCGGCAGCUAUGGCCGGUCUUGGUGCUUUCAGCCGCUCAACGACUAGGAAGAUGGCCACAGGGGCCCUGGGCCUUCGGCCGCACCCCGGCCUCUCUGCCCCGGCAGGGGGACCGCAGAGGAGCCACGCCCUGGCUUCCGGCCUUACUCCAGCCCACCUUUCCGUGGGGCGGGCACCCUGCAGUUGGUGAGGUGUGCGAGGAGCCGAUCCCGCCUCUGGCUGCCGGUGCCCCUGCCCUUCCUGUUUGCACGGCCAGGCUGGCCGGGGCCCCUGCCACAGGCCUCACCCCUACCCACAGACUGCCCCCUUCCUGGGGGAAGCCAAGCAAGCCUCCCACUCUGCCCGGCGUCUGCUGCCCCCCGCCCGCCACACCCCUGCCAGCUCAGGUUGGCAACCACGGGGCCCCUGCCGUGGGAACGUGCUGGCUGGGAAAUGGGGCCCCGAGAUUUGGUCCAGAAACAGGUCAGAGUGAGAGAGCUCUCGAGCUAAGUGGCGAAGGGGACCGCACGAGUCAAAGGGAAAGUGGGGGCCUCAUCCUCCCGCUCUGUGACUCACUGGGACCCAGGCGGGCACCUCACGCCAGCACCACAGCCCGUGAGCUUCUGGGAGUCAGGGGCGCACUGUCCCCCCCGCAGCCCCGGCCCUGGUCCCACCGCGGGGCCAGCCUCCUGGGGGGCACCCGCUGAAGAAAGCGCAAA